AUGCAGCCUCCACAGAAAACCCAAAGCCUCAGACCCUUCAAGGAGAGGAAGAGUUUAGCAACCAGAAGAGAGGAAGUCGCUAGAAUCCAGGCGAAGUUCCCCAGCAAGAUCCUGAGUAGAGUGGAGCACUACCCCAGGGAGAGGUUCCUGCCCCCGCUGGACAAGACUCGGUUCCUGGUCCUGCAGGCACUGACCAUGACCCUCUUCCUCAGAAUCAUACAGAGCCGCCUGGUCCUGGGGGCCUCUGAAGCCUUUUACUUGCUGGUGAACAAUAAGAGCCUGGUCAGCAUGAGUGUGACCAUGGCAGAGGUCUACAGGGACUAUCAGAAUGAGGACGGCCUCGUGUACGUGACCUAUGCCUCCCAGGAGAUGUUCGACUGUCUGGGCUCCAGGAAGACCCUGCCGUCCUCUGCAGAGCAUGUCUAG